AGCUGGCGAAGAUCACAUUUGUGUGACCAUGGCUGACAAGGAGAGUCGCGGAGAAACCGUGUGGGUACAACAACAGAUUCGCCUGACGGACAGGGGUCGGGGAUGCCACCACAUCACACCAGACGUGGAAGAUUUGACCCAGCAGCAAGAUAUGACACAGAGGCUGCUCUGAGUUCUCUGAUCCCUGAGAAGUCGGAUAUAUGGACUCGCAUCUGUGAAGGUUCUGACGACAUGCCUGCCCUGGUGAAGAAUUGCCUGGUUGGAUGUAACUUAACCAUCCCCAUCAGCAAUGGGAUCCUCAACACUGGGCAUGGACAAGGCAUCUGGCUGCUGGAGCACAAGAACUAUGGAGGUGGCAGGAAGCUGGUGAUCACAGUCCAGGGCAUGUACAAGCCAACCUUCAACAAGCCUCUUGGGUCUCUGGGCCUAUAAGUUCAUCACAUUCUACAGACAACUCACUUUCCUUUCAAUUUUUCAUACAAAUUUUGCAAGCAUCAUUGGUAAUUACCUAGAAGUAAUCUUUGGAACCUUGCCAAAAUAUCAUAAGCAAAUAGAUUUGUAUCGAAACCAUUGUUUUCUUACAAAUAAAGGUGAUUUGAAACUGUUUUCAAACUGUAGUGUACAUA